AUGGCUGUGAAGAGACAUUUCACAGGGAAGCCAGUUGGCGAAGAGUAUGAUGAGUCCAGUAGUGAGGAGGAAGUGGAAGAAGUGGUUGGUGAAGAGCCAGUUCAACAUCAACAGAAGAAUAUAAAGACGAGUAUUAAUAUAAGGCCAAUUGAAAAAGAAGUACCCAGAGAAACAAAGUCAGUGGAGAAUGUGAAUGUUGGUGAAGAUAAUAGUAUAAGGGAGAGUGCUGGUAUUGAAAAGAAACAGGAAUCAGAAGAAUCUAGUGAAGAAAGUGAUGAGGAAUCAGAAUCAGAUUCAGACUCAGAUUCAGAUUCAAGUGAUGAUGAACCAAAAUUAUUAAAACCUGUAUUCAUAUCCAAAUCCAAAAGAUCACAAGCAAUAAAACAAACAUCAAAUCAAGAUAAAUCAACAAAAGAUAAUGAACGAACAUUGAAAACUAUAGAAGCUCAUAUAAAUCAAGAUAUAGAACAACGUAAGAAAGAAAAAGAAUCAGAGAUAAACCUUGGUGGUAUAGAUGAUACUGAUGAUUUAGAUCCUGAAUUAGAAAGGAAACAAUGGGAAUUAAGACAAUUAACACGAGAAGAAAGAGAUCGUGCCAAAUUAGAGAAAGAACAAGACGAGUAUGAAGAAUUAGAGAAUAGAAGAUUAAGAACCGAAGAAGAAAGAUUAAAAGAAUAUGAAGAAAACAAGAAAGAACAAGAACAAAGAGGUAAAGAGGAUAAACAAAAAGUUAAAGGUGCAUUUUUCAGAGAUGAAGCAUUGUUGAAAAGAGAUCUUGGUGAAGAGAAUGAAAAAUAUGAUAAGACUUUAUUACCACAAAAAUAUGAUCCCAAGGCACAUAAAUGA